ACUUUGUGUUCUCCCUUCCCUAUCAACUAAGCUUGCUUAAUUUGCUUCAGAAUUGGAAGAAGGAAUUGCAGCAGAAAAAUACGUGAAAAAGUUUUUAAACCUACAGAUUCUUCUUAGUUUAGAAUUAGUUGUUACAUUGGCAGGAAAAAAUAAAUGCAGAUGUUGGACCAUGUUGGAAACCUUGUCAAGAAAGUGGAUUGUCUCACACAGAAUGGAGAUGUGGCUUCUGAUUCUGGUGGCGUAUAUGUUCCAGAGAAAUGUGAAUUCAGUACAUAUGCCAACUAAAGCUGUGGACCCAGAAGCAUUCAUGAAUAUUAGCGAAAUCAUCCAACAUCAAGGCUAUCCCUGUGAGGAAUAUGAAGUCACAACUGAAGAUGGGUAUAUCCUUUCUGUUAACCGGAUUCCUCGAGGCCUAGCGCAACCUAAGAAGACAGGUUCCAGGCCUGUGGUGUUACUGCAGCAUGGCCUAGUUGGAGGUGCUAGCAACUGGAUUUCCAACCUGCCCAAUAAUAGCCUGGGCUUCAUUCUGGCAGAUGCUGGUUUUGACGUGUGGAUGGGAAACAGCAGGGGAAAUGCCUGGUCUCGAAAACACAAGACCCUCUCCAUAGACCAAGAUGAGUUCUGGGCUUUCAGUUAUGAUGAGAUGGCUAGGUUUGACCUUCCUGCAGUGAUAAACUUUAUUUUGCAGAAAACGGGCCAGGAAAAGAUCUAUUAUGUCGGCUAUUCACAGGGCACCACCAUGGGCUUUAUUGCAUUUUCCACCAUGCCAGAGCUGGCUCAGAAAAUCAAAAUGUAUUUUGCUUUAGCACCCGUAGCCACUGUUAAGCAUGCAAAAAGCCCUGGGACCAAAUUUUUGUUGCUGCCAGAUAUGAUGAUCAAGGGAUUGUUUGGCAAAAAAGAAUUUCUGUAUCAGACCAGAUUUCUCAGACAGCUUGUUAUUUACCUUUGUGGCCAGGUGAUUCUUGAUCAGAUUUGCAGUAAUGUCAUGUUACUUCUGGGUGGAUUCAACACCAACAAUAUGAAUAUGAGCCGAGCAAAUGUAUAUGUUGCCCACACUCUUGCCGGAACAUCUGUGCAAAAUAUUCUACACUGGAGCCAGGCAGUGAAUUCUGGUGAACUUCGGGCAUUUGACUGGGGGAGCGAGACCAAAAAUCUGGAAAAAUGCAAUCAGCCAACUCCUGUAAGGUACAGAGUCAGAGAUAUGACAGUCCCUACAGCAAUGUGGACAGGAGGUCAGGACUGGCUUUCAAAUCCAGAAGACGUGAAAAUGCUGCUCUCCGAGGUGACCAACCUCAUCUACCAUAAGAAUAUUCCUGAAUGGGCUCACGUGGAUUUCAUCUGGGGUUUGGAUGCUCCUCAACGUAUGUACAAUGAAAUCAUCCAUCUGAUGCAGCAGGAGGAGACCAACCUUUCCCAGGGACGGUGUGAGGCCGUGUUGUGAAGCAUCCGACACUGACAAGCUUAGGACAGCCUCAUGGGGGAUGGGGCUAGGACCCAUAAAGGCAGAAU